CGCUUCGCUGGAUGCCUUCGGUUGUUUUCGGGCGUCGCUUCUCUACCCUGACGGGGGCCACUCGGAUCGCAGCGACGCCGUGCGCACGUGGAGGGCCCUUGACAGUUCUCACCCAAAGGGUGCGUUGCCAGAGGCCAUUGUGCCAGUCCUCGAGCGGGGAGGGCUGCCGCGAUGGGCUGCAGCAGCAGCAUCGGGCCGCACGAGUGCCCGCGGGGCCCCGGGAGCAGGGCCGAGGAGCACGACGCGCGCUGCGCGGCCGCGUGCGCGGCCACAGCGGGCGCGGGCCCGGAGGUGGCGGCGAUUGCCGAGCGGCCUGACGCCUUGUGGGCCGACCCGGAGGCGCAGGCGAUAUUGAAGCAGUUCGAGGGAAUGCGGGGCGACCCGAACUUCCAGGCCGUGUUGCAGCGGGCCAUGGACGCCAUGCAGAGGGACCCCCGGCUGCGGGCCAUGGUGCACCAGGCGGUCCACGAAGGUGGAGUCCAGGUCCCCGUCGCAUUCUGGACCACGGACGGUGACGGCAUAGGCGCGGGGCGCGGCGACGGCCCCGCGGUGUGACAGCGCCUGGGCCUGACCGCCGCGCGCGCCCUGGGCGCCUGCCGAGGCGCCGGCACUCUCCCAGCGCCUUGCUCCCUCGUCUCCAGGACUCCUCCUCCUCCUCCUCCUCUUCC